AUGCCGCUUGACGACGACGACAACCCGACCGCGGCGCCCGUCGCCCAGCCGAACAACGAGACCGGCGCCGGCGACGAAGCGGAGGACGAGGGCGUUUUCGACAUGCGCCUUUUCGCGUCCAUGUUCAACAAGAAGGGCGUCGCGACUCAGGCCAUCCGCAAGGGCCAGAAAGACUUCGAGUCACACGGUACCAAGGCACAAGAGAACCAGCUCGAGGCGAGCCGGCAGGUCAUCGAGGAGGUCCUGAGCUACACCCGGGUGCACCGCGAUGCGUGGAGCAAGGGCUGGUACUUCCCGGACUACUGGCCGGAGGCGCUGGAAGGCAUCGUGGAGCGGGGCGAUACCUCUGGGCUUGCGAAGCCCGAGUACCUGAAGGAGUUUUUGGCCGAGACGAGACCGCUUUAUGCCGAGGAGAGAGUAGUCGUUGUCGAGGAGCUGAAGGGACCCCAGGCGAAGAGCACGGGACGCGUGAUCAGAGGACUCAAGGCACCGAGGCCAGCGGUGGGAAAAUUGUGGCUCCUGCCUGAGGAGGCGCUGUUUUUGGUUGAGAGGGGUAGCUUGGAGCUCUGGUGGCCGUUCCGCGAGCUGAAGGACAUUCUGCCACCGCCAGAGGUGAAGCUGGCUGAGGAGCAAGAGAAGGAUGCUGAAAAGGAGGCGGAAUCCGAGGAUGAGUUCGACGUUGGCUUGCCUCUGAGUCUCCAGGCCGCAUACUCACUCUUCAUCGGCCUGGACGGCGAGAGGGGCAAGAUCUCAUUGCCGAAAUACCAGGUGUACUCACACCUAAAGCGGUUAGGAUAUCAUGUCCAACGUGCGCCACGAGAUCCCAUGUCCCAACAAACUCAACCGGAGCAACCGAAACAGUCUCUCUGGCAAUGGCUCGUCUCACUGCUGGACCGCGCCCCGGCUAAACCCGCACCGUACGGGCCUCUCGUUCGACCAGGCGUCUACCGCCAGUACACCCACAUCUACAAGCAGCUUGAGCUCUUGUCGCGAUACAAACCCACGGCCCCGUCGGAAACGAAAGAGCCAGAGGAUCCUUUCAAGGUGUGCUGGCACGUCUGGAAGCCGUCAAAGCACCCCAACAUCCGCGUGACGGACCUGCCGCUGCCCGAUAUCCGCAUCGCCGUCGCGGACGCACGGGACACCGCCGUGCCCUCUUUCGAAGAGGUUUCCGCGCUGCUGGGCGCCUCGCCGUACGAACCCCCCGACCCUGUCGCGAUGGCUGGCCCGGGAAGGAUGUACCAGCGCCUGAGGCACGGCCACCGCAACGUCUUGAUCGCCGUGGUCGACCGCGGACUGGUCAACUUUAUGCGAUUCGGACAGGCGGCGUUUGGGGAGGAGCAGCUGUAUGAGCGCUUCGACAAGGGUGCGUUCCGAGGUGGAAAGGGCGGGAGAGGCGGCCGCGGAGGCCGGGGACGUGGACGGGGCCGGGGCCGGGGUCGGUGA